GAGCCACACACACAACAGGUUCAGGCUCCUAAUAUGCCCAGUUAGACAAUCAACGUUGCCAUAUUGUCGCAAUGGGAAAAGUCAAAAAGGCGAAACAACCCGGCAAGGAUUCAGGCCUGCCUGCCAUGCCUAAGGCGGUGAAGCAAACCAUCGGCAAGGUGAAGUCCAAGACGUCGAAGGCGAAGGCGCCAACCUCGGUGGCCAAGGCAGUGGCAGAAGGCCCCCAGAGCCGCCGAGCCUUCGUGGCGGCGGUGUCCGCCGCCCGCGCCGAGGGGGGGAAAGUGCUGAAAUCCCUCUUGGGUCCCAGGCCCAAGAUGAAUGGAGCACGGAUGAUGCAAGAGAUUGAAGAAGCACGCGCACAUGCCGAGCAGGUGGCUGAUGUGGCGCAUAAGAAGGGCAGGUCCAGGAAGAAGAAGCUAUCAGCACACAGUCGAGGAGUCCUUGCGGCCUUCAACGCCAGUCCUCAGCUGCCAAGUCUGCCACAGAGAGGAUAAUCCUGAGAGGUCCCGUGUGUCGGGGGAGCAGAAACAGUGUCAUUUGUAGUUUUUGUUCACACUAGAUUGAGAUGAAGAAUUGAGAAAACAAGAGUUCAGCCGGAGCGGUAAGUUCGUUUGAAUCUUUUUCUAAGAAGUCCUGACGUGCAGAUGCUCGAUGCCAAGUAUCGAGUCUGGCUCAACUGCAUUCUCUCCAUGGACGCCACCUAGAAGCGGGAGAUGCACAAAAGAUGCUGGCGUGAGGCUGCAUGGCUGUGGUCGAUGCCAAGCCCUGGUGACCCUGGAGGGGUUGGAGCUCAAGCAAAAAGACGUAGGGGGGAUUCUGUUUCACCAUGGUUCAUCUCAAAUCGAAAAGGGAUCACAUCUGAAGCUUGUACCAUCACCUUGGCUGCCUUGGCUGCUUGGCUCAAGGUUCUGUGAAGUUGUUG